AUGCAAAGGAAAGAGCUCAAAAUUCAAGAGAGUGUCACUCAUGAACUUUAUGCAAGAGCAUCUAUGGUGGGAGAGGGUGCAAGGCAAUUAGCAAUUCAAGCUUUAGGUCGUCAAAAACCCAGUGAAGGAGCUCAGAGAACAUUGGAAAUGCCUGGUUCAACCACCCAUGAAGAGCUGAGGGAUGAUAUAAACUCCCCUACCACUAUUGACUUCCAGCAAGUGCCCCCUGUUUUGAGGGAGGAAGCUGAAGUAAGCAUAUCCAUGAAGGCUGAUGCUCAACAUAAUGUCUCAGUAGGAGCAAAGUCUUCUCCAGUUUCUUAUGCGCCUGAGAUGAGAGAGCUAGAGGACAAAGGAGAUGUUAAGAUGAUGGAGACUUCCCUGUUGGAGGUAAUUCAAGAAACAGCUGAUCCUGUGAGAGUGGAACCCAAAUCUGCCAUGCCAUGGACUAGUCCUGAACCAAAGAAAAGGCCUAUUGCAAAGUUUGGUCCAACCACAAAGCUGAGCAAGUCUUCUCGUGAGCGCAAAGUUCCAGCAUCACGCUUGAGCCGCCUUGCAUCUUAUGGAAGCCUUGCAGCUGGAAUUGGCAUGGGAACUCUGGCUGAAGUCACACGGAGAGCACUUGGAUUCAAGAAACCAGAGGAGUCCAAUAAGAGUUCUUUCUUGAGCUCAUCUCCCAUUCUCACAGAAGCAAAUGCAGAGAGAAUAGUGGACACCCUAUGCAGAGUGAGGGGGGCAGCAUUGAAGCUUGGUCAAAUGUUGAGCAUUCAGGACAAUUCUUUCAUAAAUCCCCAGCUACAGCAAGUGUUUGAGCGAGUGCGUCAGUCAGCUGACUUCAUGCCUGUUCGUCAAAUGGAGAGAGUACUGAUACAUGAAAUGGGCCCUGAUUGGAGGAGCAAGAUAGCAGACUUCCAAGAAAAGCCUUUUGCUGCAGCAUCUAUUGGUCAAGUGCAUCUGGCAACCCUUCAUGAUGGGCGGAAUGUUGCAAUGAAGAUCCAGUAUCCUGGGGUUGCUAAAGGCAUUGAAUCUGACAUCAACAAUCUAGUAUCUGUGAUGAGGGUCUGGGACAUAUUCCCCCGUGGUCUAUAUUUGGAUUCCAUAAUAGCAGUGGCCAAGCGGGAGCUGGCUUGGGAAGUGGAUUACAUCAGGGAAGCCAAAUGCACAAAGCGUAUGAGGCAAUACCUUGAACCUUACCCUGAUUAUUACGUUCCUGAAGUCAUUGAUGAGCUGACAACUCAGCAGCUCUACACCACUGAAUUGCUUGAAGGAAUUCCAGUGGACAAAUGGGUAGACCAUGAUCAAGACACUAGGAAUCGGAUUGCCUCCCUAGUUAUCAGAUUAUUAAUGCUGGAGCUUUUCAGGUUUAAGUUCAUGCAGACUGAUCCAAACUGGGCUAAUUUUCUCUAUAAUGCAGAAACAAAGCAGUUGGGUCUCCUUGACUUUGGUGCUAGUCGGGACUUCAGCCAUGAAUUUGUGAGCAACUACAUCCAAGUGAUUCGUGGAGCAGCUGACAGAGACAAAGGGAAGAUUCUGGAAAAGUCUAGGGAAUUAGGCUUUCUUACUGGCUAUGAGAGCCCGAUCAUGGAAAAUGCCCACUGUGAGGCAGUGAUGGUUUUAGGGGAAGCAUUUACUGCAGAAAAGGAGUAUGAUUUUGGUCAACAAAAUGUCACACCUCGCAUUCAAAGACUGGUUCAAGUGAUGCUUGAACAUAGACUAUGCCCUCCACCUGAAGAGGUCUACUCUUUGCAUCGUAAAUUAGCUGGUGUCUUUCUCCUCUGUGCUAAACUAAGGGCUAAAGUGCACUGCAAGGAUAUUUUUGAGACUUCUUGGGAAAUGUAUCAGACUGUGGAUCAUGAACACAUAGGAACAGAUGCUUCCUAGCAAUUAGCUUAUUAGAACAAUAUUUCAGUUAUGUAAGACAUAGAUUUUUGUGAGC